CUUGAUUCCACCCCUUUUUGCUUACUGCUUUGCUGCUCUUUGCCCUUCAGCCUCUCCUUUUCAUGAGAAACUACUGAACUUGGAAGAAAGGCUCCACAUUUCCACAGUCAUGGUGCUCUUUUCUUCCCUCACACCAGUAUUUAUAGCUAUUAUAUGUGUUUUGAUUGGGGUGAUAAUGAAGAAGACGAAUGGAGAGAAGGAAAAACGUGACACUGAAAGCAGGCAUCCAUCUCGCCCAUGGGUAGAUGAAGACUUAAAAGAUGGCACUGACCAUCCCUUAGAAGAAGAAGAGGGUGAGGAGGAGUGGCAAGGACUUGAAGAAAAUGUUGCCCAUGUCCCCUUUGCUGGCGAGCGCUACUCUGAGGCUGAAAUGAUCGAAAGGUCACGGGCGUUCUAUGAGCUGCUGAAUCAGAGGCGGUCUGUCAGGUUUCUCAGUGAUGAGCCAGUCCCCAGGGAGGUCAUCGAUAAUGUCAUCAGAACAGCAGGUACUUCACCUAGUGGAGCACACACUGAGCCCUGGACCUUUGUGGUAGUGCAAGAUCCGGAUUUAAAACAUAAGAUUCGUGAAAUUGUAGAAGAAGAAGAGGAAAUCAACUACAAAAAAAGGAUGGGAGACAGAUGGGUUAAUGACCUGAAAAGAUUGAGAACAAAUUGGAUCAAAGAAUACUUGGACACUGCUCCGUAUUUGAUCCUCAUUUUCAAGCAGGUAUAUGGGCGCCUUCCAAAUGGCAAAAAGAAGACCCACUACUACAAUGAAAUCAGUGUUUCCAUUGCCUGUGGUAUCCUGCUUGCUGCACUGCAGAACGCGGGGCUGUACACGGUGACCUCCACACCCCUGAACUGCGGCCCCCAGCUCCGGGUGCUGCUCCGGCGCCCAGCCAACGAGAAGCUCCUGCUGCUGCUCCCCGUGGGCUAUCCCAAGAAAGAUGCCACAGUGCCCGCGCUGACUCGGAAACCGCUGGAAGACAUCAUGGUGCUCAUGUGAGCCCAGUGCCAGCGGGAAGGAGAGCAUCCCUGCUGGCAGCUGAAGUUGGCACUGCUGUUUCUGUGCACGGUGCCCCUACGCUGCCGUCGCUCUGGCUGCUCACACCUGUAUUUCUUUUAGUGCUGGUCAUCUACAAACAGCAGUGAGCAGUCAAGCACUGUGCCUUGGACAGCUGCUGUUACCUGUCUGACCAGGGCAGUGUUCCAGAGGAUAAGUACAGUGGCACUUAAAUGACCUCAUCACUUGAUUUUUCUCGUGCAUUGUGGAGACUAAUCUCUUCUUGAACUGGAAUAUAUAUUUUCCUUAUACUUUCGUGAUUGCCACUGCACAGUUAUUUUAACUUAAGAAUUUCAAUGAAGAUUGUAUUAAAAGACACAGAGCAGUCAAACUGAGCUGUCCUAUCUUGGUCAGCGUGUGCUGUUUAAAUGCCCCUUUCCCUUUCCUGUGGUCAGCUGUGUGUAGAAAAAUGCUAUUUUCCUCCUAUAUGGUAGGAUUUCUCUACUUGAUUGAUCUCAAAAUCUUUCUCAAUACCAGGCUUUCUUAAACUGUUUCAGCCCUGGAAGCACUGAAACGCUGGAUGCCCGGGUGGGCAGAGCCCCCUCGUGGGGCUGCAGGUCCAGCAGCGAGAGCGGAAACGCUGGGAGAGACACGUCCUUCCUGCAGGGCCCUGCUCUGGGAAACACUGCCCACCCUCAUCUCUGCUGCUUCCCACGUCAGGCACAUUCAGCCAAAUUGGCUUCAGCCGCCCUUGAGGGGUGAGAGGCUGGAGAGCAGUGCCAUGGAAAGGGCCCUGUGUAACCUGGUCCAUGGCAAGCUGAACACGAGUCAGCAGUGCCCUGGAGCCAGGAGGGCCAGCCCUGUCCUGGGGGGCAUCAGGGACAGCAUCACAGGCAAGG